GUGACAGGCGGCAAGCUGUACCCCGACCACUAACGCAGCAAGCCUUGUUACACCCGAGCAACGCCACCGGGUCAAACUUGCAUUCACCGCACCGCAGGCGCGGACUCUGCACGCUUUCGAAGUUGACGUCGAGCAGAUCCUACUUCUAUGUUGGAAAUGUACUUUCAAUCACACUGGCCUGAAUCAUACUAGGGAGCACUCGAUCCCACCUGACCCAGGUUGCUCUCCAAGUAUGCUGCCAACAGUCGCGCUGCAAGCUUUUACAGCCACGUCCGCUGGAAGACAUAUCGAAGACGCAUGGCCAGUAAAGGAUAUUGUCUACGUGAGCAUCGUCGGCACGGUCAUGCUGGCCGCCCUUCUCGAGUGGGUUCUCUGGCUUUUGGCUUUCUUGUACUGCCUGUGCAAAGUUUUCCAGAAGGCAGAAGGGCAACUCAGAUGGAGUGUUCGGAUCCUGGCCAUACUCAACAUGAUCGUCUUCUUCGCUCUCCGCUGCAUCUUCCUCCCAAUUAUGGUCGUCACCCUGCCGUUACCGUCCCGCAUUGUUCGAUAUUUUCCGGAGAGAAUGGUCUCGAUCCUGCAACUGUUCGCUUUCUGGGCGUUUGCCGGCCUCUUGACGAUACCAUGGCUGUUUUGCGUUUACCAGCUCAUCACACACAAUAUUGGCCGGACGCGGAGAGUCAAGACGGUGCUCGACGAGUACUCCGCACCAAAGGUUGUUAUCAUCAUGCCAUGCUACAAUGAGGAACCUGAUGUUUUGCUCAGGACCGUCGACUCGAUUGUAGACUGCGAGUAUCCUCCUUCUUGCAUGCACAUCUUCCUGUCGUUCGACGGAGACAAGGAGAACGAGCUGUAUCUCAACACCAUCGAGAAGCUCGGCGUUCCGCUUACACUUGAAACGUACCCAAAGAGCAUCGACGUGCAGUACCGCAGUUGUCGCAUCACCGUGUCACGCUUUCCGCACGGUGGAAAGCGAAGCUGCCAGAAAAAGACCUUUAAGCUAAUAGACCGAGUGUACGCUGAGUAUCUGCGACGCAACGACAAUCUGUUCCUACUAUUCAUCGACUCGGACUGUAUACUGGACAGGGUCUGCAUCCAGAAUUUUAUGUAUGAGAUGGACUUGCGCCCGGGUAGUAAGAGAAAUAUGCUCGCCAUGACCGGAGUGAUCACAUCUACCACUACCAAGAACUCGCUCAUCACGCUACUACAGGACAUGGAGUAUAUACAUGGCCAGCUGUUCGAGCGAUCGGUCGAGUCCGGCUGCGGCGCGGUUACGUGCCUGCCUGGCGCCCUGACAAUGUUGCGAUUCUCUGCUUUCCGGAAGAUGGCUAAGUACUACUUUGCGGACAAAGCUGAGCAGUGCAACGACUUGUUCGACUAUGGCAAGUGUCAUCUCGGCGAAGACAGGUGGCUCACGCAUCUCUUCAUGAUCGGUGCAAAGGAAAGGUACCAGAUACAGAUGAACACUGGUGCUUUCUGCAAGACAGAGGCUGUGCAGACAUUCAAGAGCCUCCUGAAGCAGCGUCGGCGAUGGUUCCUAGGCUUCAUCACCAAUGAAGUCUGCAUGCUGACAGACUACCGUCUCUGGAAGCGCUACCCUUUGCUGCUCAUCAUCCGCCUCGCGCAGAACACAAUUCGGACAACCGCGCUUUUGUUCUUCAUCAUGGUGAUUUCGGUAAUCACGACGAAUCAGAAGAUCACCAACUUGCCCGUAGGCUUCAUUGCGGUGUCACUCGGCUUGAAUUGGGCGCUGAUGAUCUUCUUUGCUCUCAAACUUGGCCGGCUGAAAGCUGCGAUGUACCCACUAAUGUUCGUACUCAACCCUUUCAUGAAUUGGCUCUAUAUGGUGUACGGAAUAUUCACCGCCGGGCAACGGACCUGGGGCGGACCACGAGCGGACGCUGGCAAGGCUGAUGAGCACACGACUCCUGCGCAAGUCAUUGAACAUGCCGAGCAGAACGGUGAUGAGCUGAACGUGGUACCGGAGACUUUCAGACCAGCGCUGGGCGCUGCAACGCAGGACGUACCUCAGCGGACGCCGCUGCUGCCCUUCUCGGAUGUAGAGGGUAGGUUCACACCAGCAGAAGAGCUGCCUGGCGGAUGGUAUCAGCAGGUAAACCAUUCAGGUCCGCUUCUUCACAAGAGGUCUCCCUGGGCACAUGGCGACGAGCCUUACCCUCGACAUCGCUUCGCUCGCGAUAGUUUCGACUCCACCCACUCAGACGGCUCGGUGUACAGGCCAAAGCCGGUCGAAAGCAUCUUUGACGAUCCGAAGGAUGCACGUAUCUACCUCCGUGGCCGGGCCUCGCAGAGACCGCCUGGUGGUGCGCAUUUUGAGACGCGCAUUGCGCAGAUGGCGAACACUCCAUAUGAGCAGCCAAAUGCGAUUGGAUCGUACAGUCCUGCAGCAUCGGACUCGUCCUUGUCGUUGCAUUUCGACGUUCCAUAUCGUGAGCCUGCGCAGCCAGCUUUUCAAACGUACGCCGGGACUAAGGACCCGCAACCGUAUCGCAAUGGACCAUCAGACCCACUGCUCGAUCCGCAAGUCAACGAUGUACCGGCAGCACCUCUUCCAGUUCAUAACGCAAGUCUGCGCCCACCGACUCGGCAUGAGAACAGCGAGACCAGGCUUGGCAAAAGCCCGCUGGCCAGAAAGAGCUUCACGCGACUCGCUAGUCCACCACCGGCUAACAACGAGCCUAUGAACGCUGCCGAGGUUAUAGAGCUCGAGCGACUGGUGGCGGCGCGGUCGUUGCAAGAAACUGAAAGACGAGGACGCUCUCGCGAUGACUGGCGGAGACGGCCACGAAAGCUUAGCAAGCAGCGUCGGGCGAGUAGCUCGACGAGCAGGAGGUGACUGGAGACUUAUGUGUGCUACAACGUAUGCCUGGGCAGGACACGUUGUGAGCGUCUCGCAGGCGGAGACUCUCUAGCAUAGCGUUAGCGAUCAUUCAUUGAAUUUGGCACAUCUUAUACUGGAAGCGUGGUCUGAA